CGGCGCGAAACAGACACCAGCCAUGGAAGAAUUAAUAGUUGAACUGCAGCUGUUUCUUCAACUUCUGGACCAUGAAUAUUUGACAUCUACAGUCAGGGAAAAGAAAGCAGUUUUAAAUAACAUUCUUCUGAGGAUACAGGCAACAAAAGACUUUGAGAUAAAGGAAAAUGUACAGAAACAAGAGAUUGCCAUCAAUUUACCUGCACCACCUCAGAUGCCUUUGCCAGAAAUCCCACAACAAUGGCUGCCACCAGAUAAUGGUCCUCCUCCACUGCCUUCCUCUUCUCUUCCUGAAGGUUACUAUGAAGAGGCUGUGCCGCUCAGCCCAGGGAAAGCUCCUGAAUACAUUACAUCCAAUUAUGAUUCUGAUGCAAUGAGUAGUUCGUAUGAAUCUUAUGAUGAAGAAGAUGAAGAUGGAAAAGGGAAAAAAAUGAGACAUCAAUGGCCUUCUGAGGAAGCAUCAAUGGACCUUGUAAAGGAUGCUAAAAUCUGUGCCUUCCUUUUACGAAAAAAACGAUUUGGACAGUGGACCAAACUGUUGUGUGUGAUCAAAGAAAACAAACUGUUGUGCUAUAAAAGUUCCAAGGAGCAACAGCCUCAGAUGGAACUGUUAUUAUGUGACUGCAGUAUUACAUAUAUCCCCAAAGAUAGUAAAAAGAAGAAGCAUGAAUUAAAAAUUGCACACCAAGGUCAAGAUGCUCUGGUUCUUGCUGUACAGAGUAAGGAACAGGCCGAUCAGUGGCUUAAAGUAAUAAAGGAAGUUUGCAGUACCUAUGUUGGCACAGUGGAUUCAGAUGGACCAUCAUCUAAUUCUGUGUAUAAGACUGAUCUGGAAAAGAAACUGUCCUUAGAAAGACCAAGUUCUGAUGGAGAAGGUGUGGUAGAAAAUGGCAUAACCAACGUUUGUAAUGGGAAAGAACAUGUAAAGAGGAAAAAGAGCUCAAAGGUGGACUCCAAAGGCACUGUUCCUAAAGUAACAGGAAAGAAGAUAACAAAGAUAAUUGGGUUAGGGAAAAAAAAGCCAUCUACUGAUGAACAGACCUCAUCUGCUGAAGAAGAUAUACCAACAUGUGGAUAUCUUAAUGUGCUCUCGAAUAACCGUUGGCGUGAGCGCUGGUGCAGAGUGAAAGAUAAUAAGCUUAUACUCCACAAAGACAGGACAGAUCUAAAGACUCAUAUUGUUUCUAUCCCUCUCCGUGGCUGUGAAGUUAUUCCAGGAUUGGAUUCCAAACAUCCCCUGACAUUCCGCUUGCUUCGAAAUGCUCAGGAGGUUGCAGUAUUAGAGGCUUCAUCUUCAGAAGAUAUGGGCAGGUGGAUUGGGAUUCUGCUGGCUGAGAGUGGGUCAUCUUCAGAUCCUGGCACUCUGCACUAUGACUACAUAGAUGUGGAUGUGACAGCCAGUGUCAUUCAAGCUGCAAAGCAAACAUUCUGUUUUAUGAACAGACGGGUUCUUUCUACUAAUCCUUACAGAGGAAAUGCUGCUAAUGGCUAUGCGUGUCCCAGUGGGAUGGCACUUCAUUAUGAUGAUGUUCCUUGCAUAAAUGGAUCAGUAAGAAUUGAUUUUUGUUGGGAACCAGAAGAUGGCUUUCCUACUUCUUCUAGCAAAAACACAGGAGAAGAUGGGCUUUAUGAUAACUUGGGCCUGUAUGAUAAUUUGCCAUCCCCAAAAAUUUUUGCACGUUGUCCACCAGCAGAGCGAAAAGCCAAUAGGUUAUCUACUGACAAAUUGUCAUCUAAUCAUUACAAACAUCCUGUCUCAUCCAGUCUGUCUUCUGCUCAGUCUGUCACUAAUACCUCUGCUGUGGGGAGGGGAUCUGUUGCACAGUUUAAAGGAAAGAAAAUGCCAGUAGCUGCAAAUGGGAUUUCAGGAAAAGGGAGAACCUUAAGUAAUUCACCAAAAAAAUCAGAAUUUGCUUCAAAUGUGAAACGUAGCAGUUCUAAUGCAGAUCAGUACAAAUAUGGAAAGAAUCGUGUUGAAGCAGAUGCAAAGAGAUUACAAACAAAAGAGGAGGAACUAUUAAGGAAAAAAGAAAUCCUGAGAAAUCACCUGGCUCAGUUACGAAAAGAAAGGAAAGACCUCCGAGCAGCUCUUGAAAUGAAUCCUGGUAGGAAAUCCGUAAUAAUUCUUGAAGAGAAAUUAAAGAAGUUGGAAGAAGAGUGCAAGUUGAAAGAGUCUGAGCGUGUCUCUCUGGAACUAGAGUUGACAGAAGUGAAAGAGAAUUUGAAAAAGGCUUUGGCUGGAGGCAUCACACUAGGAUUGGCAAUUGAGCCUAAAUCACAGAGUUUAACUGCGCAGUCCCCAGUUCUAAAGCAUCAGACUCUGGAGAAUUCACCCAUCUCCAGUUGUGAUACAAGUGAUACAGAAUGUUCUAUGCCUGUGAAUAGUGCAAUUGUCUUGAAAAGACAUUCCUCUUCAAGCACCUCUCCAUGCCGAGGACACGUGCUUCAGAAGGCAAAGGAGUGGGAGAUGAAAAAUGGAACAUAAAGAAGUACAAUUACUAUUAGAAUUCUGCUUUGGGACUCUUGACUCAAGAUGGACUAAGGAAGAUUAAUCUGCACAGGGGUAUUAAUGGGUUGUCAAUUCUGUUAGUGAAUGGUCAGUAUGCUUAAUACAGCUUAAAAGGGGGGACCUUUUUGAAUGUGUCAUUUCAAAUGCAGUGAUUAUUUACUCACUUAAAAUAUGAAAAGAACAGUUUAAAUGAUUACGUAGAUGGAUCAGGUAAAACUAGCACUAGCAAUUGUGUUGGAUGGAAAUGGAGAUUGGCAUGUUUCAGUACCCAUUUGGAAUAGUUUUAGAUACGUUUUAAUUAUUAGAUAUGAAAUCUAAUCUUGACUCCCUAAAACCUUGCUGUUUGAAUGUGGGGAUUCACAGGCUUAUACUAUUAAUUCCAGGCGUAUGAAUUUUAUACAAGAGAAGAAUGGAAAGCUGCAGUCUUUGCAGAAAUUACACAACUGCUGUUUUCCAUGGUGACUAGAGAUCAGAGAAGGAGUAGAUUCUCAUCUAGGAAGGGAGAUUAGAGCAAAGAGAAAGACAUCUUCCAAACCCAAGUAAUAAUACCGGUCUGUUUUAAACUUUUUUAAAAGAUGUAUUUAUUUGCUAGCUUGUUUUAAAUGUUUUACGGAUUUUAUUUUAUUUUCAAAAAUUAAUUUUUUGAAGCAAUGGGUGCCACUUUAUACAUACAAAAAAGCUCCACAAAAUAAAAACUGAUGUUUUGAAGCAAAUUUAUGAAUCAGAAUAACAAAUAAGCCAUCAUUGUAUUCUAAAACCUUUCAAAACAAAAGAUAAAUUUGGAUUAAGAAAUCCAAAAUACUACCCCAAAAUAUUUAAGUUUGUUGAUUUUAAAUUAAAAAUCCUUAAAACUGCUUUUGUUCUCUAAUAAAAGUAGCAAUGAAUGUCUCCCCCAAAAAUGAAAUGGCAGUGUUAUUUCUAAAAUCUGUUGUCUAUUAAAAAGAGACAGAGUAUUGUAAUGCAAUAAUGUAAAAUUUGUUUUAAAAAGGCAUUCUUUUCCUGUUGUAACUGUGGUUUAGGACACAAAUCUGAAUUGUGAGUUAGGAAGCGCCCAACUGGGAAGCAUUAGGGAAUCCAGGAUGGCUCCGUAUCUUAAUUUCCAAACACCAUCUUCAGCACAGGGAUAAUGGUAACACCACUGUUGCAGGUGUACCGAGAGUAUUUGUGAAGUACUUAUAAUGCUUGAGAUGGUCUGUACCUUUUCAUUAUUCUUUCCAUCUUCAAAGAAAAAGUAAAAUGUCUCUUCAGGUUGAGUUCCACUAUUCCCUUCUGGGCAUAUGGGCUGCUCCAAUAUCAUCUGGCAUAGGAUGCAACACAGCUGGACAGGGAAAUCCUCCAUUGGAUAGUAAAUAGAUUUGCAAUGCUUUUCCAUCCCUUUCUCCCCUUUUCAUUUCUGUUUCUUACCCAAGAGUUUUGACAACAAUCAUAGCUGGAGAGGCUCAGUGUUUUCUCCUUUGUUCGCCUCCCUGUCACAUUGAAGUAGAAAGUCCUUACAAGAAGUUGCUGCUGAUAGGAAGUUCUGAGUAAGUGACAAAAUAGCCAGAGUCGGCUCUGUGCCAUCUGUUUCUCCAACUCUCUCUCUUGUGUUUGAGUUAGAGUAGAUAGAAACUUUCAAAAUGGCAGGACCCACAACUAACAUUACUUGUAGAACAGAGACCAAGGCAUUCUAAACUAGUGACUAUUUCUUUAUGCACCUGUGCCUUUUAUAACACAAGAGACAACUUGAAGAGUCUAAGUCUAAAAUGCAUUUAAUUUAAAAGCACCUAGCUUUUUGCUAACCAGAAAGCCAGGAAGAAAGAAUUGUGGUGUGAGAGAACUGCUUGGGGAAGGCAGAAUGCUUUGAGCAUCAAUCCCUUUUUAUUGUUUAAUCUCCAAUUCUGCAUUUGGAUACGGCAUUUAUUCUUUUUAUGCCUGUGUUCUUCACGUCCACAAACCGCAGGUCAUAGUACAAGUAAAGCCAC